AUGGCGAAUGGAUUGGAUUGGUUGGGUUGGGUUGUUUCUGAGGUGCAGGAUGAGAAGUGGAAACGGGGUAUCUUAGCAUCUACUGCCCCAUGUAAAAUGUAUUGUGAAAAUGGGGGGAUCCACGGCUUUAGGCGGAAUAAGACGUGUGCGAAUGAGCUGGAAAUGGAAAUGAAGGGAUUCCAGGUAUUUGAGAAAUGUUUGUUGUGUCUAUAUGAAGAAGAGGUAAGAAGAGGAACAUCAAGUGUGAGGAUGGAGAGAAAAGAAGAGAAUGGGAAGGAGAAGGAGAAGGAGAAGGAGGUGGAGAAGGGAGAAGGGAGAAUUAUCAACAAAUACAUACCAAAUACAAUACAAGAGGACUUUUGA